AUGGAACUCUCCGGAAAACAAAAGGCACCAUCCGCCCGUUUCUCGUCUUUCAAUUGGUAUGGUGUGCCGCUUCGCUUGAACAAGGCAAGUCUUCGACCCUGGGUAUUGACCUUCUGUACGUGUGGUUCGUGGCGUCAUCCGCCACAUCGAUGCAUGGAAGCUGGAGUCGGCAUUUUGCGAAAUCAGUAUUCCUCGCAGCAGGAAACACCCUCUCUCGCGGCUUCUUCCGCCGGCGAAAACGAUGAGCAUCUCGCACGUCCCACUCUCUUCAUUCGGCAGCUUUCCGCAUCCCAUCCGGCCGUGGACGGAAUCAGAGUGGCACGUACCAGCGACGGCUCUAUGCCGACCCUCUGCCGUUUUGCUCUGGUCUCCGGAUGCAUUUACUUUUCAAAGACACCGCUGCUUGCCACGUUUGAGGAUAGCUGCUUUGCCUUUUCGUUGCCCGCCUGUGCUGUUUCCGCAGGGAUCUUCGCGGACCAUUCAACGGAAGGAAGCAGUCGCCGGUUUAGCACGGUACCUGGUAAGCUCCCCGUUUCCCCCUUCUCUUUUCCCCUGUACGAAUCGCUCUCUCUCUCCACAGUUCCCCUGCGCCCACAGCAGCUGGAUAAAGUGACGACUUUCCGAGAGCUGUUUCUCGUGUACGAUCGCGAACAAACAGGAAAACUCAAGAAGCGAGUGGUGAAAAUGAUUUUCUGUAACCUUGGCGAACCGUUGUCUGCCGACGACUGGAGGUGCUUCGAACAAAUCUUUGGUCUAGCAGAUAAAUGUGAUGACGACUUGGUGCCCUACGAGCCUCUUGUGAAGAAGUAA